AUGAGGCAUCUGCUGGUGGUUCUUUUUGUCUUUGCAUUCCUACUCCAAAUGAUCCCAGCCUACAGUGGUGAGAAAAAAUGCCAGAAUAAAUUGGGGACCUGCAGGAAACAGUGCAAAGAGGGAGAAGCAGUGAAAGAAGUUUGUACAAAUCAUCGCAUCUGCUGCAUUUCGGCUAGGAAAAUCCGCAUCCCAGAGCCCUCUGAUGAGCCACUUCCCAAGACAACUACCACCGCUUGGUAUGAUUUACCAACAGGUGCUAUGGAUGUGAUUCUAACAAUACCCGCUACAAAUUACUUUGAAGAAAAUUUCUAUGAUUGAAGUGCUGACUCUGACAGGGAACAGGGGCGCAGAUGUUGGUCCCGGAGGUUCACCACACUUCAUGACUGCUCGGUGUCAUUCACCCAUGUCCCCAGAGCCAUGGACAAAGUCACAGACAUAAGGUACUAGAAUUACCUCAUGACUUACCCUACCCCUCCCACGAAUGUGUA